AUAUAUAUAUAUUUUGUUUUAGGUGCGCGCAUCCGACUAGCGCCAGCGAUGACGUCAUUUCAUUUACAUUCGAAAUAAACUUUUUAAACAUUGCAUCAAUCGAUCAGCUGCUCGCAGAUAUUUGUCGUGUGAUUUCUCUCCUGAUUUAUAUUAUUGUUACCGAAUAAUUGAAUAUCAAUCUCCAUCAAAUCAUCUGAAUUCAGUGUUUCUGUGAAAUAUUUCUUCCAUCGACAUAUUUCCAGUGAACGUUACAUUUCUACCGAACAUCUGAAGAUGAGAUCGGCAUCUGCUCGCGUGGCCUCUCUGUACGUCGGUGAUCUUCACCGGGAGGUUUCAGAGGUCAUGCUGUACGACAGAUUCAUUCCGUUUGGCCCGAUCCACUCCACCCGAGUGUGUAGAGACAGAAACACAUUCAGGUCUCUGGGCUACGGAUAUGUCAAUUUUGUCAACCGCUCGGACGCUGAACAUGCAUUUGAGAACUUAAUGUUCAGUCUCCUCAUGGGUCGGACCAUGCGCAUCAUGUGGGCCGAUAGAAACCCUGCACUGAGGACCACCGGCGUUGGCAACAUUAUCAUUCAAGGCCUGGCAAAGGACAUCUGCAGCCUGGCACUUUACGACACCUUCUCUCAUUACGGCACCAUCUUAUCCUGCAAGGUGGUUGCAGAUGAGAAUGGCUCCAGAGGAUAUGGUUUCAUUCAUUUUGAGUCCUACGAAGCCGCUGAAAGAGCCAUUCAGGAACUCAAUGGGAUGAUGCUGAAUGAUCAAGUAGUGUCCAUCAGCCACUUCAGAUCAUUCCAGGAGCGUCAGGCAGAGAGGGAAUCAAACCCUGGCCGCAUGAAAAAAGACUACAGAAGUCUCUUCCCGGGAGUGCAUCUCUAUGUCAACAAUCUGCCCUACGGAUGGACGGACCACCAGCUGCAUAGAGCGUUCUCCCCAUUCGGGUCUGUCACCAAUGCUACGGUGGCGAGGAACGGCGGGCGCAGCCGAGGGUUCGGCUUUGUGUGUUUCACGAGCCCUGAAGCUGCAGCUCAAGCCGUUUCGGCAAUGGACGGACGUGUCAUUGCCAACAGACGUCUGAAUGUUGCCUUCUCUCGGGUCCUGGAUACGCCAGUGUCUUUCAGCGACUGUGUAUCACCUCCUGAAAAGCAGUCGCUGCUUCCUUCAGGACACUUUGGGAUUGUUCCACAGGCUAUCAGCAUUGUUGGUCAGCAGCUCGCCAGCCUCAACCGGCUUGUGUCCAGCUGUCGACGGGAUGCAGCGGGUCUCCUGCCUAAGUGUGAGAGUCUGGUCCCGCUGGUCUGUCCGCUGCUGUUAGACUCGUUGGUGCCCAACAUGUUGCGUGUGAACCAGGAGCUGCCAGAACUCAUGUCUGAUGCUUCUGGAACAUCAGACACCUUGAGCUCUCCACUAUCUGGAGACUUUGGUGCUGUUGUUCCAAAGACUCCUAACAGUGUCGAUCAGCAGCUGUUUGGACAUCUCUCCACCUGUCUUGUGUCCAACAGUCGCUGGUAUGCUGAUGGUGUCCUACCACAGUGUGAGAGGUUCCUCCAAUUGGUCUCUCCACUGCUGUCAGACACGUUUGACUCGGAGCCGCCCUGCAUGCCGACUGGUAAACUGCAACUGUCAGAGAUGACGCCUGACCAAGCCACUGAUGCUCCUGGAGUGUCGGAGACCUGCGGUGCCGUUGCUGUGGUUCACAACAGGUUUGGUAACGGUUUGGGUAUGACUGGAAAUAUGAACACCUCCAAGGUAGGAGAAAUCUCUUCAUUUGUCAAGGAUUUCGCUGUUAUUGACACAUGUAACCAUUUAGAAAUAAUUGUGGUUUUGAAAAGCAAUCAAAAAACACAUCUGUUCUCUUCUCAGGUGACGGUGGUUAUGGAUGGUGCCUUUGUGUCUGUGUCCUGCUGCUCCUCUGAUGACACCAUAACUGUGAUCGUGAAAAUCCAGGAGGAUCUUCUCCUUUACAGUGAGCGGCUCCUUGUUUUUAACACGAUUGCGGUUCAAGCGAGGAGGACCUCUGAGGACACAUCCAGCCCUCACCUGGCAAUACAGCCUGUUCCUGAGAGUGACCAAAUUGUGGCAGAUACAGUCCAGUCCUCAGCACCAUUUACCAUCAAGCCAGUGUUGACCACCCUGAAGGAGACGUGGGCUUCUCUGCACAUGGCCUCUCAAACGCUGCACAUCUCACCUGUCAGCGCUGAUGACGUGACCAUUGUGACACGGGCUCAUGUACAGCAGGUGAGUUCCUCUGAACAGUCACGGAGAACUCUUUGUGGUUUUUGGCUCAAUAAGCUGAGCGGUUGUAGGAGUCUGGGAGGUCUAAACUGCCCCACCACCAAUGAUCUCCUGCGCUUCUGCACUCUGAGGAGAUUUCAGCAGGUGUGACAGAGACAAUGGGAUGCUGCAAAUUUGUGAAAAAAGAAUCCCCCAAAAAACGAAACAACAAUAAUGUAACAUAUGUAACAAAUUUUGUAAAUAAUUUCUUGAUUUAUAAGUUUAUCUUUUGUGCAUCAACAAAUGUUUAUGUAUCAAAAGGUUUUGUUUCAGGAUCUUAUUUUUUUAUGUAACCGAGUUGUUACAAAUUGUAAAUAUAAUUAGUUAUCUGCUAAUUCAUUUUGUGCAGGAAAAAAUGUGUUGUGCAAUAUAAAAUAUUUUGUGCAUGAAACAAUUUUGUGCGAGAAAAAAUAUUGUUAUGUAACAAAAUAUAUUGUUUUGGUGUAUUAUAUAUCAAAUGUAAUAUGCAAACAUUUUGUUAUAAAA